UCUCUCUCUCUCUCUCUCUCUACAUUUACCCUAAAAAGGGGCCCUCGUUUCUCCCAUCAUAAGCCGCUCUCUUGCAGCAGUCUGAUAGAGAGAAAAGGGGGAGAGUGACAGAGAGAGAGAGAGAGUGCUUCAUCUCUAUUUUGUUCUCAUGCCCUUUUCAUUCUCCGUUUCUGCAUCACAUUCUUUGAUAAAGAAAUCUGUUUUUCUUAUAAUCUUUAUAGUACCUAAACCAAUCCAAGGAACAAACUGAGGUUUCUAGGAAUCUGUCAUUCUCGUUUGAUAAGAUGGGUUGUUUUUAAAUCAUAAAUAUCUAUAGAAAUAAGAGAGGAUUUAGUGAAAGUUUGCAAUGGCACAAAGUUUUGAUUAUACAGUGUCAAGCCUUCUAUGUGCAGAAGACAAGGACAGUAUUUUUUAUGAUGAGGUUGAUUGUGGGGCUGUGGAGGACUUUGAGACUACUUGGCAUCAUAGCGGGAAUCAUCAGAUCAGUAAUCAAAACCACAACUUUGAUGGUGAAGAAGAUCCAUUCACUGGGUUGCCAUUGCAGAGUGAUGAGUGCUUGGCUUUGAUGGUUAAAAAGGAAUUCGAGCAUUUGCCUAAUAGUGGUUACCUGAACAGAUUGAGGAAUGGGGGCUUGGAUUUGGGGGCUAGAAAAGAGGCAGUUGAUCGGAUUGGAAAGGUUCAUGCCCAUUUCAAUUUUGGACCUCUUUGUGCUUACUUGUCUGUUAGCUACUUUGAUAGAUUCCUUUCAGCCUAUGAAUUACCUAAGGGCAAAGCUUGGAUGAUGCAGUUGUUGGCUGUGGCUUGUUUGUCUCUUGCAGCUAAAAUGGAGGAGACUGUGGUUCCUUUAUGUCUCGACUUGCAGGUGAGUGAGUCUAAAUUUGUGUUUGAAGCUAGAACCAUACAGAAAAUGGAGCUUCUAGUCUUGAGCACAUUGAAGUGGAGAAUGCAAGCAGUCACCCCAUUCUCUUUCAUAGACAAUUUCCUUAGAAAGAUCAAUGGUGAUAAAAUUUUGCCAACGUCUUCAAUAUUUAGAUCAACCCAACUCAUCCUGAGCAUAAUAAAAGAGAUUGACUUCUUGGAGUUCAGGCCUUCUGAGAUUGCAGCAGCAGUGACAAUAUCUGUUGCAAGAGAAGCUCAAACAGUAGACAGUGAGAAAGCAAUUUCUCUUAUCAUUCAACAUGUAGAAAAGGAGAGGGUGCUCAAGUGUGUUGAACUGAUCUAUGAGUCAUCAUUGGCAAGUGGGUCCAUGAGGCGCCCAAGUGGUUCAGUCCCAUCUGUGCCGCAAAGUCCAAUUGGUGUGCUUGAUGCUGCAUGUUUGAGCUACAAAACUGAUGGCACAACAGUUGGGUCAUGUCCUAGUUCUUCUCAUAGUACCCGAGACCCUAAGAGGAGGAAGCUAAAUAGACCCUUUGGAGAUGAGAUUUAGAGGGGGAUGUGGGGUAAAUUGGUUAUUUUCUCACCCAAAUCCAAAUCUGUUUGGUUUGGUAGAAUGGGAGUUUUGCUUGGAGGAAAAAAAGGGUUGAUUUUUUAUUUUCUUAAAAAGGGGAAAAAAAAAAAGGUGCUGUAAAGAAGAGCUCAAUAAGUUAGGUCAUGAGCGGGGCAUGGAGGAUGGCAUCAAAAUUAUUUCAUGCUCUUGGCAUGAAGGAAAGUCACCAGCUGUUAAAUAUUAGAUUUCUUAACAGCAAUGGACAAAGAAGAGUGUUGGAAAAGAAAAAAAAAUUGAGAAGAAAUUCUGUUUGAUUUUGUUUUUAAAAUCCGUUUUGUUUUAUGAGAUAUUGGAGUUCUCCGUUCAUUAGAUGGAUAAAGAAAAUAGAGGGAAGAAAGAGAAAAGGAUGAGGAAGGAAACACGACAGACAGUUGUAACAUUUAAUGUUUAUGGUUUUUUUUUGGGUUAAUUUUUUAGUUUGUUUUGUGGGAAAAAAAAAAUGAAGAAAAGAAAUAGUAUCCUUUGGAGGAACAAACAAGAAGAGAUAGCACAGUAUAAAAAUAGAGUUUGAAAAAGAAAAAAAAAAAA